CGGUUUUCGGUGCUUCUGAGCAGAUUCAAUGUCAUAACUAUAAAACUUAGGACUGUGAGCCAAAAGCCAACAGAUGGUCGCCGGCUGUGCACUCGUCAAGUUAUCGGGAUCGAAAUAAGCAAACAUUAAAGUUAUUAAAGUCUUCUGAAUAAUUCGAGCAACCGAAAAAAAAAGAAUUUAAUAUUUAUUUCGAGCGCUGGCGAAUAAUAUACAAUUUAUUUUGCUGAGGCGACCAUAGAAUGCCGUAAAAGAAUCACUUCACAAAUCAAAAGCUAUUCAGCAUGAAUUGGACAACGCCCAGUGUGGCCACUUCGGAUGAGAUAUUUAAAGAAAUUGCGAGCCAAAGUAACUUUGAUUUAAUUGGAGAGCGUCGACAUCUGGCGAAUUAUCAAAAGCUGUUUCCAAAUUACAACAUUAACGGCAACAACAACAGCUAUAACAAUAUCAACGAAACGGAAACCGACAGCAGCAAGAUCAACACAAUGAUGUUCCUAAACAGCACCAACAACGAGAGCAACGCCAUUCCGUCGAACAUGGAUCCAUUACUUAUGGAGCAGUAUCUACACAAUCGUGCCAUUGAGAGUCCAUGGUAUCACCUGUUAAUCGCAAUGUACAGUGUGCUGAUUGUGUUCGGUGCCAUAGGAAACAUUAUGGUGGUCAUUGCGGUGGUGCGUAAACCAAUAAUGCGCACCGCCCGCAACCUCUUCAUCCUCAACCUGGCCAUAUCGGACCUGCUUUUAUGCCUGGUUACCAUGCCGUUGACUCUAAUGGAAAUUCUAUCGAAAUUCUGGCCAUACGGCUCGUGUGCCAUCCUGUGCAAAACGAUUGCCAUGCUGCAGGCUCUGAGCAUUUUUGUAUCGACCAUAUCCAUAACGGCAAUUGCUUUUGACAGAUAUCAGGUAAUCGUUUAUCCCACAAGAGAUUGCCUGCAGUUUGUGGGAGCAGUCACCAUAUUGGCUGGAAUUUGGAUACUCGCUCUGGUCUUGGCCUCACCUUUGUUAAUUUACAAGGAGUUGAUAAACAGAGAUAUUCCGCCGUUACUGCAAAAACUCGGUGUUCCACACACGAUAUCGUACUGCAUUGAGGAUUGGCCCCUGAACGAAGGUCGCUUCUAUUACUCGAUCUUUUCGCUGUGCGUGCAGUACCUGGUGCCCAUAUUGAUAGUAUCGGUGGCGUAUUUUGGCAUCUAUAACAAGCUAAAGAGCCGCAUCACCGUCGUCGCCGUGCAGAGCUCGUCGCAGAGGAAAGUGGAGCGGGGCAGACGAAUGAAGCGCACGAAUCGGCUGCUGAUAAGCAUUGCCGUUAUAUUCGGGGUGUCAUGGCUGCCACUGAACUUUUUCAAUCUGUAUGCGGACAUGCAACAUCCGUCGGCGGUGACACAGAGAAUGCUUGUGGCAUAUGCCAUAUGCCAUAUGAUCGGCAUGAGCUCGGCCUGCUCCAAUCCGCUGCUCUAUGGAUGGCUCAAUGAUAACUUCCGUAAAGAAUUUCAAGAACUAUUGUGUCGUUGCACUGAAUCCACUAAUGUUGCUCUCCAUGGUCACACGACAGGCAGUAACGUGCAGGCAGCGGCAACGCGUCGUCGACGCAAGCAUGAUGCCAAAGGUGAACUGCAGCUCUUAAGCAAUCGAGGUUGUGUCGACGGCGAUGCUUGUGGUGAUGGUGAUGGUGAUUGCACUGGCGGUGGCGUCAGCAUCGCAGCCACCGAAUUUAACACAAGACAAACUGUCAACGGAACACGCAGUGCAGUGACGGAGUCUGUGGUACUAACGGAGAAUCCGAUGCCAACGGAGAUGACCACGCUGGUGCCGCGUUUGCAACAAUACUAAAAUUGGCAAUUUACGUAGUUGAAGCGUACUUCAAUGAAACCUACUCUCUCCUAGGCCCAAUGCAACUCAAACUUGGCUCUAAGCAACCAAAGGAACAACCCAGAGAACCACUAUGAGAACUCUUCAAUUAUUCAAAUGUAAAUUUACUUUUAAUUUAGCAACUUAUAAAUUAAACGAGUAAGCUAAAAUGAUGACUGAAUGAAAGCAAAGCUGAGUUACAUUUAAGUUAUAAAAAUAAAAAUGAUAUUUACUUAAGUAGUUGGUAAAUGCAUGUACAUAUGAACAGAUUGUGUAUCUAAAAUUAAAUUAUCUUUAACAACCCAUGAAAUAAAACGCAUGUGUAUAAUUACGCUACUUGAGCGAUAAGUAAAAAUUGUUCAAGUACUGUGAUUUAAUUGAAUGAGCCCUUCAAUUAAAUUUCGGGUAAUUGAUAUAAACACACAACUUUACAGCAUUCAAAAUACAUAAAUAAUCGAAUAAAUAAAUUAAUGUUCCUACUUAAAGUACGCUUCAUAACUGUAAUUCUGAGAUCUUCGCUUGUGCAAUACAGAGUAUAAUCGAAUAUUCCAAUUCUUUUAUACUCUGUUUGCACUCUUUAAAUAUAUAAAAAAAAAAACAUCCACUUAAGUUAUUAAUUGGUUAAGUAAACAUGUGCAGCUUUUAAAAGCGCUGUAAAUUUGUCCAUAGCUUAAAUGUCUCUGUGUUUGUUAUGUGUGUUAAAUUGUCGAAACUUCACUUUUAAAUCUCCAAUAAUUAAUUUUGGUUUAAGUUUCUUGUCAGUGUCUGAGAACUGUAAAGCAACUGAACCAACGAAAUAAAUUACAAUAAUAAAUCAAAUAAAUGGUUUGAUAAAGA